UGUUAUUCUGUUGUUCUGUCUUUUUCUGGCCAACAUGUGUUUCAGUUUGGUGAUGCUACUUCUCUGUCUCUCCCAAGCAAGGGGAAGAGUUCAACAGCAAACAGAUGAUUGGUACAGUGUGAUCUCAGAGCAUAGAGAGUCCACUGGAGGUGACAAUCAUCCUCACAGAGCGCAUCGGUCAUCUUCAGGCCACAUAAGGAUAAGCAGGGCGGUCCUGGGUGGAGGGCUAACCAUCAACAACCUGCCAGACAACACGACACGCGUAGUGGAGGAUUCUGGGAAAUAUUACGCAUGGCGUAGCUUUGGCCCAGAAGACCAGCGCUCACAAGAACUAUGGGUAGAUAUGAGUGACGUCCGACAUGGUCAAGUAAGAGUCCAUGGCAUUCUGUCAAAUGCAUACAAACAGGCUGUGAGGGUUGCCCUGUCGUUUGACUUUCCUUUUUACGGACACUACCUGAGGCAGAUCACCAUAGCAACUGGAGGCUUUAUCUUCACAGGGGACAUUACUCACCGUAUGCUCACGGCCACACAGUACAUCGCCCCUCUAAUGGCAAAUUUUGACCCCAGCUACGCUAAAGAAUCUAAUGUGCAAUACCUGGACAAUGGUGAGGUGUUUGUGGUCCAGUGGGAUCGGGUCAGACUCCUGGGAAAAGAGUCAGAAGGAGAUUUUACAUUUCAGGCUGCUCUUCACAAAACAGGAACCAUCACAUUCAGCUACCGAGAUAUACCUCUGUCUUUAGAUGUGAUCGGUUCAGCUGAGCAUCCAGUAAAGGCCGGUUUGUCUGAUGCUUUUAUGGUCACGCCAGUUUCUCCUCAAUCACCAGGUGCCAAGCAACGGACAAUUUAUGAGUACCAUCGGGUCGAGAUAGACACUACAAAGAUCACCAGCUACUCUGCUGUUGAGUUCACUCCUCUGCCUACCUGUCUACAACAUGAUAGCUGUGAGCUCUGCCUCUCAUAUAACCAAACCUCUGGUUGUAGCUGGUGCCACGUACUCCAGAGGUGUUCAGAUGGCAUGGAUAGACACAGACAAGAAUGGUUGGACUAUGCCUGCUUAGAGGAGAGCAAAAAUGCAACCUGUGAGGAUUACUCCAGGGUUGACAGCGCCACUGGUUCCUCUAUCACACCAGAGAUCGAGAAUGUCACCUCACUGACUCCUCUACAAAAAGGCUGUGAAUGUGAUUGUGACGAUGAGACCAAACAUCAUAUCUUUAAGACUGGCAACGAUGUGAAGACUGAUUCUUCAACAAAGAGUGACGGGUUGGCUAACACAGGAGUGAUAGCUGGUAUAGCAGCUGCACUGGUUUUAGUUUUGGCUAUGGUACUGGUAGCUCUUUACAUCAACUACCAUCCAACUGCUGCAUCACCACUUUACCUCAUCCAGCGACGCAAUAACUACUGGCCAUCCUUGACGUUUCAGAAGCAACAGCCUGGUUACACAGAAGUGGAAGUGGAAGGUCAUGAUAAAGACAGCAUUGUUCAAGCCGGGCCAUGUUGAAAUAAUGGAUGGAACCUAAAACAUUUCAAUUGAACUUAUUUCUACAAACAUCCAAAUAUAUACAUUUGUGCAAAACUAGUUCAAGUAUUACAUUCAUAUUGUUAAGACGUCAGGCAACAUUUAUGCAACCUUUUUUGUAGAUUAAAGCUGAUUUUUAAAUAUUCAACAAUUUAAUUAAACAUGUA